UUUAAUUUUGGAUUUGACGUCAAGAGAAUAAAAUGCUUCACAGUAGUAGCACACCAGCAGUCAAAAUUCGUGCAAAUUAGUUUCUCUUCACUCGUAUUCAAUCGGUUCAAUAAUUCCCCCUCCCUAUAAAUUCACUCCGAUUUUCACUCUCAAAUCAUCAGCCUUAUCAAUCAGCUUCCAUGGCGGAAGAAUUUGAGGAAUCGGAAAUUAUAUUUCAAGAGGAAGAAGACAACAACGAGAUCGAGAUCGACAAUUUUCAGGCGAACUCCAUUGAAUCCAUAAAUAAAGAGAAGACGACGAAGAUGAACGGUGAGAAUUCAGUUCCGAUGAGCAUACCUGAACAUCUGUACCAGAAUCCGUGUAUUCGCAGCGCCAACUCGGAUUUGGACGGCGACGAAACAGAAAUGGUUCCACCACACGUUAUCAUCGGGCGGCGCGCGGCCGGAAAAAUGAUGGCGCUCUCGGUUUGUACGGGAAACGAGAGGACUCUCAAAGGAAGAAAUUUGAACCAAGUAAGGAAUUCGGUCCUUAGGAUGACCGGAUUUCUUGAGACCUAAAAGUUCCC